AGUCUGUUCAUAAAAUGUAUUAUGAAGCAGGUGCAAAUGUAGCCACAAGUUGUUCCUAUCAAGCUUCCAUGCAAGGAUUUUUAAAUGCUGGCUACACAAAAGAACAAGCCAUUCAGUUGAUGCAAAAGAGUGUUGCUUUGGCUAUUGAAGCACGCGAUGAAUUCAAGCAAGUUCAUCCUGAAGAUAAACAACAACGCCUAGUUGCUUUGUCCAUAGGUUGUUAUGGUGCUGUCUUGGCCAAUGGUGCUGAAUACACAGGUGAUUAUGGUUCAAUCACAGUGGAUCAGCUUGUCGAGUUCCAUGCUUCUCGACUUGCCAUCUUUUUAGCAUCAUCUAAAGUCGACUUGAUCAUGUUUGAAACUAUUCCUUCUUAUCUUGAAGCUCAAGCUAUUCAAAAAGUGGUUCAAGGUGCUGAUCUUCCUCCUGUGGCUGUGGCAUUCCAGUGUCGAUCAUCUGAUCAAAUUGCUGAUGGCACACCUGUUCUCAAGGCCUUAGAGGCACUUUCCAGUGACAAGAUCUUUGCUUUGGGUAUCAACUGCACAAAGCCUAAAUAUGUAGAAGCCUUGUUUGAAACAGUCUCUCGAUUCAAUCAAGAUCAUGGUCAUCGUGCUUUGAUAGCUUAUCCUGAUGGUGGUGAAGAGUGGAAUGCAGUGGCUAGAAGCUGGGAUUCUACUGCCAGAUUACCUGAAGAAGCCUUUGGAUGUAUGAUGUCCAAGUGUAUUCAAACGUAUGGUCCUAAAGUACUUGUGGGUGGUUGUUGUGGUACUGGCCCUGUACAUAUUAAAAACAUUAGAGAAUUUUCUUAAUAGUUUAUUAUAAUGAAUAAUCAUCAUCUUCACUUGAAAGGUCAUAAUUGAAUUGGUCUUCAUAUUCAUCACUUGCUUCUUCUUCUUCAGGAUAAUCAUUUUGAUAAUAAUCUUCAGCUAUUUUAUGUAAGCAAAUAUGUAGGUAGUUUCAUCACUUUUUUUUUUUUUUUUUUUUUU